AUGCGUCUAUCCAUUCUACUCUCAUUAACUAUUGCUUCUCUGAGCAGCGCGCUCCCCUUCGUUGAGCAGCCUGUAGAUACUUGCUCUAACCCACGUAUUAGGAAAGAGUGGCGCACGCUGAGCCUUUCCGAACAAGAUGCCUACAUUGAUGCUAUCAGAUGUCUGAAACGUGCGCCUUCCAAGGGCACCGAGAUAUUCAGCACCUUGAAGACAAGGCACGACGACUUCGUCGCGCUACACAUCAACGCCACACGAGGCGGUCAAGAUGCCCCUUCCAUCACCAACCCAGAUCUUCCACUACCCAACAUUACGCUCUAUGGUGUCCAUACGGUUGGUGUCUUCCUUCCGUGGCACCGCUACGCCAUCUGGAUCUUCGAAUCUGUGCUUCGCUCGGAAUGCAACUACACUGGCGCACAACCCUAUUGGGACUGGACUCUCGACAACGCAUCGACGGGCAACGGCUCUAUCCUGACCUCACCCGUGUUGGAGGCUUUCGGCGGCAAUGGUGUCGAACCAUCAGGCUGCAUCCAAAGGGGCCCGUUCUCCGGAAAUGAUUCUCUGAAUAUCGGGCCUGUCGAGUCAAUGGCACAGAAUCCGCGCUGCUUGACGCGCGCUGUUGAUGUCGAUAUGUUCGAGAGGGGUGCUAACUGGGAUGAAAUCUACCCACCGACCAUGCAGGCGAAAAAUUAUUAUCAGCUCCAGAACUUUAUCGACGGAUUGAGUUUUGUCGAUGAGGCGGAUAAGAUACCCACUAGUGCAGGUAUCAACCCGCACGGUCUAGGACAUAUGGGUGUUGGUGGUGAUAUUAGAGACAUCUAUUCCUCUCCUAAUGAUCCACUCUUCUGGCUCCACCAUACGCAACUCGACUACAUGUGGGCACUCUGGCAGUCUCGCGAUCCUGCCCGCCUGGCUGAUAUCAGCGGCCCAAGAACCAUGGAGGGCUUAGGUCCCGGUCGCGAUGCUGUUGAGCAGACUACAGUAGACACGCCGGUGUGGAUGGGCUUCGUUGGAGACGAUGUCAAGGUUGGUGCAAUUCUGGACACAAUAAAUCGAGAGGGUGGAGGUGUGCUGUGCUACAAGUAUGAGGACUCACCGUCACUCGCCGGGAGAAACCUUACAACUCCUCGUUUGCGGAAAGCAUAA